AUGCGAUGCUACAAGACUUUCAGACGCCCAUUAAUAACUUUGGGUGAGAGCGCAGUGCUGUUAGGCCUCGGACACGCGCCAGAAGGCCCGUCACCGGUGAAAAGGCCGUGCCGGGAGAUGUCUGUGGGUCCCGGAGUAUUUGAUCGCAACGCCGCCGAGGGUGGGAUUGUAUUGGAUAGUGCUAUUGGUGUUCUUGCCGGAAAUGACCCACUCGUCAUUGGGUCCACAUGUUCUGAAGCGGGUCCCUACGUCGAAGGAAGCACUACUGGAAUCUUUGGGGACAUGCAGUUGGACGUCUCAACAAGUAUGCAACCACCUAAUCUGCCAUCAACAAGUCUGGCAUUGCUUCCACAACUGUCGGAUAACAUUGGAGUGGAUUUCGGCGGUUGUCCCGAUGAUGUUAGAUCUGAACCCAAAUGUGGAGUUUCGACGACCCCUGAUGAUAGCACUACCGAAACCGGUUAUUCAAAUCAUAUCAAUGGGUUUGUAAACAAGGAGGGAAGAGUGGCAAGCUCUUCAGGACUAGUGGUCGACCAAGGGGAGGGGAGUGCAGUAAGUGAAACCCACAACGGAUCAACAUUUGCCGGAUCAACAUUUGAUCCUGAUGUUGAGAGUAAUGUAUGUCAGGGUUUGCAUGAGUCGAUUCCUUCGUUCUGCGUUGGGGGUGAGGACGGUACCAGGUUUAAACCGCGGUUCUUGAUUUGGGCCUACGAUGUGUUACGUAAUGGCUGGUGGAGGUUGGUUCCGUUUCCUUUGAGUGACUUAUCGGUGUUUGCGUUGGCGAAACGUGCGGCUGCUUGGGCGUCGAUGGGUGGUCAGAAUGUGACGUUGGAGGCGUUGUGUUAUCGUGUUGGUGUUUGCAGACAACACCUUUGGAAUCGCUCACAGUUUUUAAGCUGGCUCACCAUCCGACGACGACAUGAGACGGACUGGCGAAGUGGCUGCGGUGCUCUCGCUGAUGACCAAGGAACGGGCACCACCAUCGCCGCACACCUUGUCAAUGACGCCCUUUAUGAUCUCCUGCGCGGCUGGUCGCGAGACGACCAAUUUAUCAACCGCAAACGUCUCCGUCAGUGGUGGCAAAGAUCCAGUGGUCGCUUCCAAGCAGACUCGUCCCAGAGCGCGGAAAUGCAAGCUCCCCUACCCCAAUGGGAGUUCGAGGCGUUUUUCGUGAAACUACUAGGUGAUUGGCGCGUGCCCUUAAACGCGGUACCCCGUGAAUUUCGCAGAGCACGCCGCAGAAGAAAAGUGCAGACCGCCGCCGUCGCCACCAGCCCGGUUCAGACCGGUCGGGGUGAAACGAACACGUCGCCAUCGUUCCUCGUCGCAGUGGACGGAACGAGCUUCCCACUCGCCACCCAGAAGGAGACCGGACUUCGACUCGCCCCACGGUUCCUGGUUUGGGCGUACGACAUCAUGUACUACGGAUGGUGGGGGGCCGUUCCAAAAAUAAUUGUCCAACGUGUUGCUCAGUCAAUUGCACAACCAUGGACGGAACCAUGGACGAAGUCAGCGAUUCAGCCAGCCAUUCAGCACGCACUGUCGGUCUUCGGACUCGCCAAGAAGAUCUGGCAGUGGAACGACGCGGGAAACCCCCUCACCACUUUGGAUAUGGGACCCUACGUGUGUGACGAGGGUUACGUGUUCCACUCCGACACUGAUCACUGCGAACGGUGCGACCGUCCGUGGAACGUCCACGAGUUCUGGGAGUGGCUCCAGUCGAGACACUUUGCCAGGGUCUGCAUCCCACUGACCCAAUUGAGCCCGAAUGGUUCUGAUCAGACUGCUGAUCAGACUGCUGAUCAGACCAUUCAUAAAGCGCCUAAUGAGUAUCUAUCGUGGAUACGUUCCGACGGAGGUGAUCGAGCCAAAAUAGUCGAGCUAAUAAACGAGAUAGGGUUUAACUUCCCCGAAACCGGGAGCCGAGACGAAAGGCGGGUGGUGUCAUUUCAGCUGUUCACUCCUUUACAGAAAAAGGGAGAACCUUCAUUCAGACAGGAAAUGCACAAAUGGUGGUUCCGGCAAGCUGAGUGUCUACCAAUUUCAAGUAACGGCCUGACCUUAUGGGAAUGGGAGAGGGUAAUGAUGAUUCGAGCAUCGAGCAGUUUGGGAUACACCCCAAUCUAA